AUGAAUUUCGUUGAAGAGUAUGAAAUCAGAAAACUUAAAUUCACCGCAAUCGAUCGAUGUAAAGCGGCUAACGCAAGCGACUUUUUAUGCAGCAACACUUCACGAAAAGUUAAAAGACCUUCCAAUCAAUUCAUAAUUUUUAGCACAAUCUACGGGAAAUUAUUAAAAGACAUAGUAAACGAAAUCUCAACUCAUAACGAUAUUCCAAAUGACGCAAAAAAACUUUUAACGCAGAAAUUAUGUUCAAUAGUAUGGAAUGAAAUGAACAAACAAGAAAAAAGUUGUUUUAAUACGCUGGCCAAACAAAUAAAAGAUCAACAUACGCAGAGAUUUCCUGACUACUCAUUUAAUCCAAAUAAAGCACGUAACCGUAACACCUGUAGAUUUGUUCCAUACAAUCACGUUUCCACCAAUAAUAAAAAUAAUAGCGGCAACAAUAAUAGUGGCAGUAAUACUAGUAUCGAAACAGAUUUAUCUGAAAUAUCACAAACACAAAAAUCGUCUCAAACAUCACUCGAAUCGCAAACAUCGUUGGAAUUUAAUCCUACCUCAAUGGUAUAUUCGUCGUUGGAAUCCAUGAAGCUUUCACUAUUUUUUUCACCAGUAGGAUUAAAUUCUCCGACACCGUCGUUGUUGUCAUUACCUCUAGGAUUUAGCGAGUUCGAAGAUAAUGACUAUCACUUAUGA